GAUCGACGUGAGAGCAUUCGUCCUCAUGGCUCUUCUCGCUUGCGUCUUGGGCCGACCUUAUAAUUUUUGCUCCGCCGGCCGGAACUGAGAUGUUCUCCAAGCGAAAGACUCGCAACGUCCAAGCCACUUGUCCCAAUGUGCUGACCCCUGACACAAUCCCUUCCUUUUUGAUCCCACCCAACCUCGCCACCCUCCAAGGCCGCCGGGCAGCUGGGAACCCCAGGCUGGGUGAUGCAUCAGCCCUGCCAGUCAAAAACAAGGGCGCUGCGGUGCAGAAGGAGGGACCGCAGGCCGGGACGCGACGCCCAGGCACUCCCGCCACGAUCCAGCUCCCAACCCCGAUGGACUUGGGGUGCCUGCCCGAAAGCCCCAACACCUGGCGGCGGGAAUCGCUGUUCCAUAGCAAGCCCCCGCCCCACCGAGGGCAAGUUGGCUGCUUUUCCUCCCCACGGACAAGGCCCCUUUCGCAGCCCACUCCGGGCCCGGACAGCGACACUGCCUCUUCCGCGGAAAAUUCCCCGUACAAUUCCCCCGUGCCCAUGCGUCCUCUCGAUGGGCUCCUGCCGGGCCAUGGCUAUGGGCACCGGCGGCGCUUGGCAUGCCGCUCCCCGCACACCCUGCGUCCCAGCUCCUUCUCCACGGAGGACACCAGUUCGACGGACACCAGUCCCUGCUGCCUGCGCCGCGAGGCCGACCCUCCCUGGAUCUCGCCGGGUGCUUGGUCCCUGGCGCCGCUCUUCCCCCUGGGCUUGAUCCGCUGCCGCCAGCGGCUGACCAAAGAGGUCACGUUGACGGUCAGCCAAGGCGGGCAGCUGCGUCUCUCCAGCGAGUACCUCCAACCGCCGGGCAGCCUGCGGGUACGGCUGGUGAGCGCCGAAGGCUUCUACCCGCCGCAGGGCAGCCCUCGCCACCUCCACUGCUGCGUGGGCCUCCAGCUGCGGCCCGGCCCAAGUCAAAGGCAGCGCAGCGCCAUCAUCAAGAGGACACGCAACCCCAUCUUCAACGAGGACUUCUUCUUCGAGGGGGUGACCCCCGAGGAGCUUCCCCGGCGCAGCCUGAGGAUCAAAGUGCUGAACAAAUCCUGCAGCCUUCGGCGGGACGUCGUGUUGGGCGAGUGUGAUGUCCCACUGGAUUCUCUUCUGCCCUGAACCAGGAGGGGCGGUCCUUGGCAGAGAAGUGCCGGGGGUGGUAUGGAUGUCC